GGGAGGGAGGCGGGAAUGCGCAUUUAAUACUUAAGAUUUUUUUGUUUAAAUUAUAUAGAUUUCGGGGGAUAACGCUGCUCAUGCCGCUUAAAAAACCGCGCGUCUUCCUCAACGCGUGUUUCCAUCCCGCGCGUGGUCGCGCUGUCCGUGCCCGUCCCGGGUGGACGCGCCGCUUCUCCUGUUCCGCCCGUGCCCGGCGCCGCUCCCCCCAUCGUUCUCAUUUUUGUAACUUUUGGACGCUGCGCUCACCCCCCUGGGUCGUUUUUCCCCAAACCUGCCUUUUCCUGGGCAUUUUCCGAGCUCCCUUUAACAGCUUUUUGAGAGAACGUGACCGUUUUGUUAAAAACAUCUUUCUUGUGCCCUUGACAGCUCCUGCCCCAUCGGUAAAUAUUUUUACCGCUAAAAGAUGCACAUUAGUCCCAUUAGGCAGAGCGGGUGCACCGUUGCUAAUCCGCCUCAUUAGCUAGCACCCAGGAGAUGGGCCAGCCAGAGGUUAAUUAGCUGCGAGGACAUGAUAGCGAGCCCGAGGACAUGAUAGCAAGCCUGUUAUGAGAUGCACGGUGGCCGUCUGUCUGUCCGGGACAAGAGGCAGCUCUGCAGCAGGGAUGGCUUUUGCUUGGAGGCUUGUGAGUUGCUCUGUGAUGCUGCUGAUGCUCCUGGGUUGUUGGGUUUUUUGUUUCUCUUUUAUUUUCCCUUUUCAGCAUGGGCUUCCUACAUGACCAACUCCCCGACGCUGAUCGUGAUGAUUGGCCUGCCCGCGCGCGGCAAGACCUAUGUGUCCAAGAAGCUCACCCGCUACCUCAACUGGAUUGGGGUGCCCACCAAAGUGUUUAAUUUAGGAGUGUAUCGCCGGGAAGCGGUGAAGUCUUACAAGUCCUAUGACUUCUUCAGGCACGAUAACAAAGAAGCCAUGGAAAUCCGCAAACGAUGUGCCUUAGUGGCUCUAGAAGACGUGAAGGCUUAUCUCUUGGAGGAAUGCGGGCAAAUAGCUGUGUUUGAUGCGACCAACACAACUCGAGAAAGGCGGGACCUGAUCUUAAAUUUUGCUAAAGAAAACGCUUUCAAGGUGUUUUUUGUGGAGUCCGUCUGUGACGAUCCAGAAGUCAUCGCUGCCAAUAUCCUGGAGGUGAAAGUUUCCAGCCCUGACUACCCAGAGAGAAACAGGGAGAACGUGAUGGAUGAUUUUCUGAAGAGGAUAGAGUGCUACAAGGUCACUUACCAGCCUCUUGAUCCCGAUGCGUAUGACAAAGAUCUUUCCUUCAUUAAAGUGAUCAAUGUGGGACAGCGGUUCCUAGUAAACAGAGUCCAGGAUUACAUCCAGAGUAAAAUCGUCUAUUACCUAAUGAACAUUCAUGUCCAGCCGCGUACCAUCUACCUUUGCCGACACGGUGAGAGUGAAUAUAACCUUGUUGGCAAGAUUGGUGGGGAUUCUGGUCUGUCGCCGCGCGGGAAGCAGUUUGCUCAGGCGCUGAAGAAGUUUAUUGAGGAGCAGGAGAUUGUUGACCUGAAGGUGUGGACGAGCCAGCUGAAGAGGACAAUCCAGACGGCCGAGUCCCUGGGGGUCACGUACGAGCAGUGGAAGAUUCUCAACGAGAUCGACGCGGGGGUGUGUGAAGAAAUGACCUACGCAGAAAUUGAAGCCAAGUACCCAGAUGAGUUUGCCCUGAGGGAUCAAGAGAAAUAUCUUUAUCGCUAUCCUGGAGGAGAGUCCUACCAGGACUUGGUCCAGCGCUUGGAACCCGUAAUUAUGGAGCUAGAACGUCAAGGCAACGUCCUCGUUAUCUCCCACCAGGCGGUUAUGAGGUGCCUGUUGGCUUAUUUUCUCGACAAGAGCGCAGAUGAGCUGCCCUACCUGCGCUGCCCCCUCCACACCAUGCUCAAGCUCACGCCUGUUGCGUACGGUUGUAAAGUGGAGACGAUUACCCUGGACGUGGAAGCUGUGAACACUCACCGUGACAAACCCUCUCUCAACUCAAGCAACCCCCGCACCAGCCAAAGCCCCGUGAGGAUGAGAAGAAACAGCUUUACGCCGCGGGCCAGCGCAGACGCGGUCGAGCGCCCGCGACAUCACAGCGUUGGGAGCCAACCUCUGGACCCGCUGGGGUUUUUCCCGUCCCUGGGAGCUCGAGAUGGGACCGAGCGGCCGCAGCUGCAAGUUGGUGUCCAGCCUCAAGGGGGAAAUGGUUGCCUCGGAUGGCCGAUUUAACGGUGUAGAGGUUUGCGCUCAUCUGGGAUGCAGCUGGGAUUGCCGUGGCUGGGACGAGCAUCCCCGGAGCACAGUGACCCGCGCGCCCCUUCGGCCGGUACUUUCCUCCGUAAUGUGUUUUUUAGAGUCCGUCUUUCCUUUCUGAACACUGAACCUUCUGUUGAUGAGGUUGGAGAAAGCUUAUUAUGGAGAUUUUUCAACCUGCUUUUUAAUACGUGUGAGCUAAUGUACCCCUGGGCUUUCUGGCUGUUAAAAUAGUGCCCUAUGUCUUUCCUCCUGGUUAGAUGGCAAAAUUAACCGCAGCGUAUGUGAGGAUAAAAUGAUCACAUCCACACUUGCUGCAGCAGCUUUUCUUUGGAAGACAUUGUGUCAGACCAAAUCCCCAAGUUUUUAUUUAACCGUUAACCAUUUUCAAGUUAAAAUGCAGUUGUUUUGUUAUUUAACCAGAGCUCCCGAUAUCAUUUGACUUUACUUUUUGCUCCUGCUGAUUUGAAUCCCCCGAUCGGAGCCUUUUCCUUUGCUCUGGGAAGGCUUUUUGUACAAGAUGUAACACCGGGCGCUGGUCAGGUCAGCAAACCCUGCUCAACAUCUCCUAUGAGAGCCAAAAGGAAUAAAAGUUCCUACGCUGGGAAUGAUUUUAUCUAUUAUAUCAAAAGAUGAGAGCACUGCUUUGCUUGGGGUCUGGGAACAGCUGGGCCACAUGUGUAGGGUUUGCAAACCCCUUGAUUUUUACCAGUUGUCUUUGUAACGUACCAAAUUUUAGACCCGCAACGAGUUUUUAAACUUGCCUAUAAAUAAGCUGUGAACAUAACUGAGGUAUAAUGCUGCCUUUAAUAUAGAGUUUAAGCUGCUUUGGUAUUUAGUGCAUAGAGGGUGCAGCUCGUGUGAUGGCUGCAUGUUACUUAAAUCUCCUGCCGAGGUGCGGGGCAAGAAACACCCCAAAUUUACAGUUUCCUCCCAUGAGUCUUGACUUACAUUUUGCCCAAUUCUAUUUUACUGCACUCCUCCUGUUCUUGCACUAAGGGCAAAAAUCCUCAGGCUGGGUGAAGAAAGGAGUGUUUAGGUACAAAACAGGAGGCUGUUCUGGACCUGCUGUUUCCAGGGACUCCAGCAUUUAUAUGCACAACUUCUGGGGCCCUGGUUGCGUAUUUUAAAUGUAUAAAUGAAUGUUGACCAUACCCACCAUAGGUGUCUGUGCCCUGGCUUUGGCUGCAGAGGAGUUUGAGGUUUACCUGGGGAUUUUGAGCUCAAACCCUGUUGUUUUAAACACUCCCAGAGCUUUAAUUUGAUCAAGCUGAGAUAGGGAGGCUUAUGAUCAAGGCCCAGGUUUUAAUCUUAAACCUUUAGGAUUUAUGCGGAGCAGAAGCGUGUUGAUCCAAAGCAAUUGCGCCAUGGAGGGAAGGAGGAAAUUCAGUGGGUAAGAAACUGAGUUUCAGUAGUGUUUUGUUCCUCGGGCUGUUCCCACUGGGGCGCAGGUUUGCUGCAGCCUUCUGCAAGAGCACCACUGGCUGCUCUUUGCUUUUACAUGUUCCAGUGCUUAGAAAUAAGCCAGAAAAAAUAAUAAAAGGAAGGAAAAACAAAGUUGAAGGAAGAUUUAUAGCCUGUUGAGUGGUAAUUCUCGCUGUCACUUUCCAGUGAUGCUCUAAACGCACAAAUUCGCAGCGCAUCGGGCUGGCUGCUCCUACCAAGAAACCUGCUCUGCAGGGUGAAAGGAGUAGAAACGUACUGUAGGAUGUUUACGCACACUAUGCUGUAAUUACUUGGUAAAGAGUUAAUUAUAUUUGUAUCAUUGGGCAGUUAAUGGUUGUAGGGAGACAAGAAUAUGUAUUUUUUUACCUGCCAAGAUUCAUGAAUGUAGCUGCUAAUAUGUUGGCGGUCAUAAUGUUGUUAAUCACUGCUAAAAAUCAGGUCUGUGGUUUUGGAUCACUGACUGUGGGUCUGUCGUUCCUAUCGAGCGCGUCCUUGUUUUGGGCUGCUGGGUGGUGGGAUGGAGCCUCUCAGCCUCGGUGCUUAAUUAAAGCCUAACUAUUGCCUUUUCCUCCUGUAUCUUAACUUUGCAAAGGUGUAAAUACAGACACAAAGGGUGUCUAGAGCAGAGCAGCAGCGGAUUUGUGGUCGGCAUCGUUGCUGUGUGGGUUAAUCGGGAUGUGGCAGGUCCUGCCGGGCUGGGGCGAUGCCAGGGACCCCAAAGGGGUUGGUGGGUCCCCGUGCCAGGCAUUUCCUUGAAAUCACCUGAUUUACUUGGCACCGUGCAUGCAAAUAUGCCAGAAUAAACACCGAUUGCACAACGUGCCCAUGAUUGUGCUGUCAGAGCAGAGCUGGGCGGGUGGAAGAGAUGAAUUUAUGGGGUUCAGUGCCUUUGAGUGUGUUUUCUUCUGUGUUUCCCUGAGUUUGGGUCCAUCUGUUCCUAGCACAGAGCUGGAAGUGCCUGCUGUCCCCUCCAGUGAGCGGUGGUAGGGUCACCCAUGGGACCUGCAUCACAGUCCGGGGACCCAUCAAUGUUAUGGGUCAUUUUAGAGAAAAAUGAUUGCUUGGGCAAAAUCCCUCCUAUCUCUGCUGCCCAUGAUGGGGAAAAUUGGAAAGCGAGGGAAAAGGCUUCAAAGCAGGCUGGGUAGUUUGACUGUGUGUACACUGGCUGUGACGUUGGAGCUGUCACCUCUCUGUAAGGCGUCCCCUUCCCGGAGCUGGGCGGUGGGUGACGGGGAAGCCAAAGAGCAUCCUUGGUUGGAGCAACAUCGCUGCCAGGAACCGCCUGCCCCAGGGUAUGUCCCAAAUGUCACCCGUGUCCUCUUCUGAAGGUGCCACCUCCACCUUUCCCGCUGCUCCUCUGUCUCUGAACACUCUUUGCAAACCACGUCUCUGUAUUUAGUGUUUGCUCAGAUGGAUGCUGCUUGCCAUUUUGCUGUGUUAAUGCUUUCUAAGUUUUCAUUUUUAGGUUUAAAAAAUGCCAUGUGGGUAAACUUGUGCUGUAUGUUGUGUACUCUGUGAGGUUGAGCCUAAAUAUCCCAUGAGCUUUUAUUUACAAUAAAAAGAUUUUUAAAAAUCUA